GGAUCCGGGUCUGAAUACGGGUCAGUAGUUCAUCAUUAGAGCUCGUUUCGUCCACUCCACACACACUUCCGUCUUCACAUUCCGAUCCCCGCAUUUCCUCUCUCUCUCUCUCUCUCCGUUUCGCUUUGUGGUUUCAGUCAAAUCCAUGGCUACCCAAGGUCAAGUCAUCACCUGCAAAGGUACUCUCUCUCUCUCUCUCUCUCUCUCUCUCUCCUUCUCUCUCUCUGACCAAUUUCUCACCUCUUUCUUCUUGUUUUCUGCAGCACAAGGGAACCAAUUUCUGACUUUUUAUUCACCAACCCAUCUCUCUGUUUCUAAAUCUUGGCUGUUUGAAGUCGUAUAUAUUGAUUAUGCACAAUUUUGGGGAUGAAUUCACAAUAGAAAGCUACAGAAUCCCAUGGCUUGUAUGGAUCCAGGUGAUGGUGAUGAUCCUCCUCCUCAUUCUUCUCUUCUGCUUCAGCAUCUUAGUCUUAGAUCUCGAUGACCACAGCAACACCACCACCACCACCAGCAACAACAAGCCUUCAUCUUCUUCCACUAGCCGCUUAGUUUCUGAUGAUCUUCCCAAGCACAACAACUCAACCACAGCUUUUACACAACACUUACAAAAUACCCAGGUAGAAGAAAGCAUAAAAGGGGAGAUAGUAGCAAGCACAAGUAGAAUAAUGAGAGGAGAGGACAUGUUAGAAAUGGAGGCCCCUACAGCUUUCCAUCUAUAUUUCCACCCUUGCUAUUAUUUUAGGCUGGCGAGACUUGCAUUUCUUAAGUGUCUGGGCUUCGACUUCGCCGCUGAGAGUUCUUCAACUCCACAAAGAGGAAAAGGAAGAGAAAGUUGACGUGAAUUCUCCUCCCAAGGGUUGCCUAGUUUAUGUUGUAUCUUGUAAGGGGUGAAACCAAUUAUAGACUCGUGGGGUGUGAGAAAAUAUUGUAUGGUAUUGGAAUACGGUAAGGUGAUAUAAGGUGUAGGAGCUCAUCUCCAAGCCCGGUACUGUUCUGCAGCACCAAUUUAUUCACCAAAUUGUAAAAAUACCACAUUGAUUGAGAAUGGUAUUUGAUUGAUUGUAGGAGAUUGUAGGGGAGGACCAUUGAACCAAGGACUCAGACAUUGUUUGAAAAGAAAAUUUAGUUGUAUUUUACCAUA